AUGGUUAAGAAUCUGACUAUGCAGAUUCUAGCUGAUACAUUUCGGAGAGAAACACUUGUGUGGAAGCUCAAGUUGCUUGAUGCCGCUUCCAUGUUUGCCAAUGCACAUCUUCAUCUAGUACAAGCUCAGACUCUAAUUCUCUCCAGCGGAAAUGACCAAAUACUUCCCAGUAAAUUCGAAGGUAAACGACUUCGAAAGAAACUGCCUAAAUGUGAAGUCCGCUCAUUCAAAGACAACGGCCAUUGCCUUUUUCUGGAGGACGGCAUUGAUCUGGUCAGUAUCAUAAAGGCCACUUCUUUUUACCGGCGUGGGUCUCGUCAGGAUUACAUCUCCGACUACAUCCCACCAACCAUCUCAGAAUUUAACAAAUGUUAUGGGGUGAACAGGCUCCUUGAGGUGAUCAUGGGCCCUGUAUUUCUGUCGACUACAGAAGAUGGGAAAUUGGUGAGGGGGCUUGGGGGAAUACCAUCGGAAGGACCUGUACUGUUGGUAGGCAAUCACAUGCUACUGGCGAGUGACAAAAUUUCACUCCCAGGUCAAUUUGUUCAUGAGAAGAACAUCAAUUUGCGGCCUCUCGUGCAUCCCAUGAUGUUUACGAGACUGAGAGAUGGAUUAUUACCUGAUGUGUCUGUUUAUGAUACACUCAGGAUGAUGGGGGCAGUCCCCAUCUCGGGCACUCACCUCCAUAAUCUCUUGUCUGCUAGAUCCCAUAUUCUGUUGUUUCCAGGAGGAAUCCGCGAAGCUCUACAUCGUAAGGGAGAAGAAUACAAGUUGAUGUGGCCAGAGAAAGCAGAGUUUGUGAGAGCAGCAGCCAAAUUUGGAGCCAAAAUAGUACCCUUUUGUGGAGUUGGGGAAGAUGAUUUUUUAAAAGUGGUUGUAGAUUACAAUGACCAGGUAAAGGUUCCGAUGGUGAAAGAAGUGCUAAAAAGAGUGUCAGCGGAAGGCCCGGAGGUGAGGGGAAGCGUGGAAGGAGAAGAGGGGAACCAAGACUUCCACAUGCCAGGAGUGAUACCAAAGUGGCCAGGGAGAUACUAUUACUACUUUGGGAAGGAGAUAGAGACGGGAGCUGAAGAGUUGAGAGACAGAGACAAGGCAAAGGAGGUGUACGCAGAGGUGAAAAAAGAGGUUGAGAGAUGCAUAAAGUUUGUGAAGCAGAGAAGGGAGGAGGAUCCUUACAGACCUCUCUUACCCCGUCUCCAAUAUCACCUGCAGCACGGCCUCCUCUCACAAGUCCCCACUUUCCCCUUUUGAAUAUACAUUUACACAAUUAAAUUCAUCAAAGGGGCAUUUCAGUAAUGGUGCUUAUACCUCAUAAGCCGUUUGCAAAUAGUUAUAUUCCAUAAAAUUUGGGACUUUUUUUUUUAUCGUAUGAAUAAUGAUUGCAGCA